AUGGAAAGAGCCAGGCGAAGGGGAGGCGGCGGCGGCGGCGGCGGCGGCCGUGGCCGCGGCGGCAAGAAUGUAGGGGUCUCUGGCCUAAGCAAGAGUAGACUGUACCCCCAGGCCCAGCACUCCCACUACCCCCACUACGCGGCUUCAGCCACCCCUAGUCAGGCUGGGGGCGCCGCCGAAAUCCAGGAGCUGGCCUCCAAACGAGUGGACAUCCAGAAAAAGAGGUUUUACCUAGACGUGAAGCAGAGCUCGCGGGGCCGGUUCCUCAAGAUAGCCGAAGUCUGGAUAGGGAGAGGCCGGCAAGACAAUAUCAGAAAGAGUAAACUGACCCUCUCCCUGUCGGUGGCAGCGGAGCUGAAGGAGUGUCUAGGGGACUUCAUCGAGCACUACGCCCACCUGGGCCUGAAAGGCCACCGGCAAGAGCACGGUCACGGCAGAGAGCAGGGCUCCAGGAGGAGACAGAAGCACUCAGCGCCCUCCCCGCCGGUCUCGGUGGGGUCCGAAGAGCACCCCCACAGUGUCCUCAAAACAGACUACAUCGAGAGGGACAACAGGAAAUACUAUCUAGACCUGAAGGAAAACCAGCGGGGUCGCUUCCUAAGGAUUAGACAAACCAUGAUGCGGGGGACUGGCAUGAUAGGUUAUUUUGGCCACACUUUGGGCCAAGAGCAGACUAUUGUCCUCCCAGCUCAAGGAAUGAUCGAGUUCCGCGAUGCCUUGGUUCAGCUCAUCGAAGACUAUGGCGAAGGGGACAUCGAAGAACGCAGAGGUGGAGACGACGACCCCGUGGAACUCCCCGAGGGGACUUCUUUCAGAGUGGACAAUAAAAGGUUCUACUUUGAUGUGGGCUCUAAUAAAUAUGGAAUUUUCCUGAAGCUCACAAAUUACCCUAAAUCCAGAGGGAAUAUCAACCCUUUUCACUGUUGUCAAAUCCAGCAAAAGGAACAGCCCCAUGACACUACAAAAACAGUAGAGGAAUAAAGAAUAAAUCUCUCAUGUUACACUUCAGAAUAAAGGCAUUCGGUGAAAGAAAUGAACCGAAGUUCAUCGUGAAUGCGAGGCUUCUGUACUUGACAUUCCUCCACGGAAGGAAAGACAAGUGUCAGCACCAUUGGCAUCCUUUUCAAACCGAUCUGAUGUGGAAUAUCUUUCACCACACUGGAGUACUUCUAGACUCUAUUUUUUUUGUUGUUAUUUAUUUUGUUUUGUUUUCAUUCAUCAAACCUUUCUGUUUAAAAAAAAAAUUUGUCGGCAUUAGUAGAGAGAUAUAGAUUUGAAAAUACUUUCUUAAGAGAUCAUGUAACUAUAUAACUCUGAAUUUAAAAAUUGAGGAGGAGGGAUCAUUUCAACCCACCGCCUCUUCCAAGAAAACAUGUUUUUAAAUCUGUAACUGCUUUAGUGUUAACAGGGUACAAAGUGUUUUUUGUCCUUUAUUGUACUUAAAAGGUUCUCAUUGAUUGGUGAUUGUAUUGUACUGUAUGAAAAUGAGUCAUAAAUUGCCUUGUAUUGUUUCUAAGAGACCAUACCAUGUACCACUUCAGUUUUCAUGUUCCACAUUUUUCAGUGAUGCAUGUUAACAGUUAGGUCCGAAAAUUCUGUGGUGCUAAUUCUUCCAUAUCCGAUGGUGCUUCUGUGGAUGCUAACUGCACACAUGCUGAACAAAGCUUGAAGUUUAAAACUUUCCUCCCUUCCUCUGUUUAUAUAAAGUACAAUAAAAAUAACUUGAAUUUGUCUCAAAGUAUCACUGACAAUCUAAUAAACUGGUUUAUAUGUGUGA